AUGCUGCGGGGAAGUCGCCUGCUGCUCGCUGGCCUGUGGCUGCUGGCGAGUGUCUCUUGCCUGCUGGGGGACGCUGCGGGCUAUCGGAGGAAGGUGACCCUGCAGUCCGUCCCCGGCUCGAACAGCUCCUCCGCCAACCUCCUGCACGUGCGGGCCGUGGGCCGGAACAACACCCUGCACUACGUGUGGAGCAGCUUCGGGGCGCCCACCGUGCUGCUGCUCUACACCCGGAGCGAGAGCAGCGCCCUGCGCGUCAACUGGACCAAGCUCCUCUCGGCCUCCCCCGCCGGGGCCAUCUGGAUCGAGCCGCCCGGCAGCGUCGUCUACUCCACCGCUGUCGUCUUCACCAAGGUGUUCGAGUACAACGGGGCCAAUGUGUCGGCCCUCUCCAAGGGGCAGGAGGAGCCGUUCUACCCCCCCUACGACCUGGCUGGCUUCUCCUGGCAGAACGUGAACCACACCGUGAACCAGACGGCCCUCACGGCUAAGUUCCAGGGGGUGGACACCUCGGACCCUGGGGGGGCCUUCCACAAUGGCACCAUCUCCUUCCAGGUGACUGCCUACGAGCAGGGUGGCCGGGACGGCCCCCUCCCUCGCCUCCUGCACACCGCCAACAGCUCCAAGGUGGAGUUCAUCAUGGACAACGUGGCCCCGCGCGGCAACAGUUCUCGCUUCAUGCUGGAGGUGGUCACGGUGGAGGAGAAAGGCGGGCGCAAGAGGCUGCAGUCUGUGCGGUCCAUUGAUGACGAGUACACGCCCACCAUCUUUGAGAUGGCCCAGCUGGUGUCCGAGCCCCGCAACGACAGCAUCGGCCCGAGCUUCUUCCAGUGGAAGACGACGGCGUACGGCUCCAGGGAGGCCAGCCGGGAGAACGCCAUCCGCUGCCGCUACCACCCCCUGCAGACAGCCAACCGGAUGCUGCCAGGGCCCAGCAUCGCGCACGCCUACUUCGGGGAGGGCCUGGGCCGCAGCCACCACAUCGCUGCCAUCAAUAUCUCCUUCGGCGGUGAGGACGGGGAGGUCUACGCCGAGAAGGGCUACCUGAGCUGGUCUGCCUUGCUUGGCUUCGGCACGCCCCCGAAAGACGCCUUCUCUCCCCUCGUGAUGGCCAUUGUGGUUGUGGCCCUGGGCACCCCCGUGGUGCUGCUGCUGGCGGGAGGCCUUGUGGUGCUGUUCGCACGGAGGAAGCGCCAUUCCCAGUACGAGCCCAUCAACUGA